UUCAGCCUCCCACCUCCUCUUUCUCUUUUCCAGAAUCUCAUUUUGGAGUUCCGCUCAGUUACAAGAGUAAGGCAGCAUUUCCCAUUUUAUAAUCAUUUCAAACUCUAACAACCUUCAUCUACAUGUAUCAUGUUAUGCCAUGAAUGGCGUUGACUUGACCCUCGCAUUCCUAUAUAAUAUUCCCAUCUCUCUCUUCCAUCACAUGUCCCCGUCUCCCUUCUUUCCUCAUUUGUAAUCAUAUUCCUGGCUUACUCAACAUCGCUCCUGAUCCAGCUUUAUUCAUUCUCCACGCUGCGUUUUUCUGUUCUUUUUGCCUCUCCUCCACGCAACAUAAACAAUUUGAACUAACGAUAUUAUGUUUCGAUUUGGAAUAAUAACGUUGCUUCUUCUGUUGCUGGGUUCUUCUGCGACGCCCAGAAUGGAAGCAGCAGCAGCAGCAGAAGAAUGGAAGUCUCAGUACACGCUGGAUUCUGUGAGGGAGGCUUUGAAAAGAGAAGAGGAUACCAUCAUUUUUUAUCUCAUCGACAGAGCUAAGUUCCCACUCAAUUCUCACACCUACGAUCAGCAUUACUCGAUCAUUCCUUAUUCUCGUGGCUCGCUUCUCCACUUCCUCGUCAAGAACACGGAGGCCAUACAAGCAAAGGCAGGUAGAUACAAAAGCCCCGAAGAGAAUCCCUUCUUCCCAGAAUAUUUACCACAGUCGGUUGUGCCUGAUUACCCCUUCUCAAAGAUUUUGCAUCCUGGAGCCGCUUCAGUCAACAUAAACAAGUCCAUCUGGGAAGUUUAUUUUAAUGAGGUGCUUCCGCUCCUUGUUGCUUCCGGUGAUGAUGGUAACUACGCACAAACUGCAGCUAGUGAUCUUUCCUUAUUGCAGGCCAUCUCUAGAAGGAUUCACUACGGAAAGUUCGUAGCAGAGGUUAAAUUCAGGCAAUCCCCUCAGGACUACGAGCCUUUAAUUCGUGCUCGGGACAAAGAAGGAUUGAUGAAAUUGUUGACAUCCAGGAGUGUAGAAGAGGUGGUGAGGAAGAGGGUUGAAAAGAAAGCAAUGUUGUUUGGGCAAGAGGUGAGCCUUGAGCAUGACGAUGAUGACAAACCAAAUUACAAGGUCGAGCCUUCCGUUGUUUCUCGCCUUUACGAGGAAUGGGUCAUCCCCCUUACCAAGAAUGUUGAGGUCGAGUACCUUCUUCGCCGUCUCGAUUGAUGACCUUUCAAUCCAAGUUUCUGAAAAAAGUAAUCUCCCUGUUCGGUAGAACGGCAAAAUCUUGCGUGAUUGUGCAUUGUCAACUUCCUCGUGCUUUACCUGCGAAAGUCAGCUCUGUAUAAUUUAAGAGAGAGAAAGUCAACUUUGUAGCUGUGGACCACAUUAAUAGAAAGUUAUAUGACGCAGGAUCAUUUAUCUGAUUUUUGUUGCUAAUUGAUAAAAACAAUUGUUGGAAGGAAAAUGGUCAAGGGAGACUAUUCAAAACUACUUUCCCAGCGAACAUCCAGUUUCAAUCUGAAAAGAAUAAUAAACAGGGAUGAGUAUGUUUCACAUUUCUCAGAUCAUGCUCUCUCGCUCUUGCUAG